AUGGCGGAAGUCCUCGGCAUCGCUGGUAGUGCAGUGGGCAUCAUAUCCUUAGCUGUCCAGCUCGGUGAUGGCAUUUUGAAACUCAAAUCUUUUUGGACUGCCGUUAAAGAUGCCCCAGAAGAGAUGUUGUAUAUUCUCGAUGAACUGGACAUAACGCAUGUGCUGCUCACGGAAAUCGAAGACAGUCUCGGUAGUCAAACGAUAUCACCUGCAGCCGCUAGAUCUCUUCGAUUGUGCCAAAAAGGUGUGGAUAUAUUGGACAACGCCGUGAAGGAGCUAGAAAAUGAGAUGCAACGGAGAAAGAAAUGGGGAGGGGUCAAGAUGGUAAUGAAGAAGGAAUUGCUUGAGAAGUUGAAGAAGAGACUCGGGAGAGCGAAUUCAUUGAUGAUGAUGGCGCAUCAGAAAUAUAUUGCGAAUUUGAGUAAAUCGAGACACGAUGAACAAGUGAGAUUGGCUACACAGCAAUUCUUAGAGAUGGUGGAUGUUCGAAAGACUUUGCAAAGCUUUAACCCAGCUGCAUCUAUCGUCACUGCCCAACAACAGAUGUCUAGUAAUACAAAGAGUAUUUUGAAUACAUCAAGUGCGUCAAAACUUCAUGUUCCAGGUCUAUGA